UACGUUUCUUUGCAAUACUGUUCUUUGUUGUCUUAUUGUUUUAUAACAACAAUAGAAAACUUUAAAACCUUUUUGCUUUAGGAGUAGAUCGAACCAAAGAAACAAAAGCUCAUCUGAGUUCCAAUUGAAACUUGAAAGUUUAAACCCAAAUUAAAAUGAUUGCCGCAGAAAACAGCCCCACCACUACCGGCGCCACCGGGACAACAACCGUAGAUGGCGGCGGAAACGAUGGUCUUGUUCUUUCAACCACCGAGACCAUACAUUCGUUUCUCGCCGGAGCUUCCUCGGACGUCGAACUCUCCGAUGACCUUAGAGAACUCGCAUCCUCCCUAUGCGAUCAUCCCACAGUACCAUACAAGCAUCUGAGAUCGAUUUGGAUCGGUUCUAACCCAUCAACACGACCCGAUCUAAUGGUCAUGUUAUCCGGAUCCAAUUUCGUGUUUUCCAGCCCAAAGCCUAGAGAGAAAAGCGAAGAACUCAAAGCUCGGUUGAGGAAACUGGAGGAAGCUUCGGAGAGAAAAGCGUAUGAUGAAUUGGUGAAAGAUAUUACUCCUAAGAAAGUUGUCGAUGAACCCUUUUCUUCAUACAAAGAUCAAAUGGGCUUUGGU